CUGGCUGGUGUGGGGAUAGUCUCAGGGGCUGUCUCCUCCGCUUUCAGGCACCUCCGUGCUGCCAGAGUGGCGUAAAGAGGCCUUGGUGUAACUGAGAAUCCGGCUCUCAGGUUGCGUAGCUUUGGGAGACGUGAAAGAGGAGUUGAACCAGCCUGUAGCAGCCAGGGCCACGGAAACAGAAAUGGACGGUGACCUCCCCCACUGUGGACAAACCAAAGUGGCUUGCUUCAGAUAUUUGGUGCAACUGACAUUUGAAGAUGUCACCAUCUUUUUCUCCCAAGAGGAGUGGGAGGUUUUAUCUGAGUGGCAGAAGGAGCUGUAUUGAGAGGUGAUGAAGGAGACUUACGCCAGUCUGAUCUCACUGGGGUAUCAAUUUGGGAGACCUGCCAUUUUAUCGCAGAUUGGACCAGAGGAAGAGCCGGGCCUCUCAGGUCAGCUGGAACUGAAAGGAAAAGAAUUGCCUGCACAUGCUCUCGGGGUCCAGCUCAAGGUGGAGAGGCAUGACAAAGCGUAUGAUGUAAGCCUGGGACAAGUCAGUAUAUUACCCCGGGACUCUAGGGAGCAUGCCUUGCAGGCUUCCAUCAAGGAAGAAGACUGCCCAAGUGAGAGCAACAUCUCCAAGCAGAACAGAAGGCUGCCCAUGACAUUAGAUCUGUCCAGCCUGAGUGACAAGAGGUCAGCAACAAUCCCAGAUCCCCUGGAGCAGGACAAGAAGAAAAGGAGCCCACGUGAGAAGCACUUCUCAAAUAAUGCAGAUCUGGACUGUCACCAGCUCACUCGUGCAGAGAGGACCCACGUGUGCGCUGAAUAUGGGAAAUGCUUUGCUCCAAAGCGAAACCUGGCAAUGCGCCUGAGAGUCCACACAGGGGAGAAGCGGUUUAAAUGCACCAGGUGUGAGAAGUGCUUCAUUCAGAAGCAACAGCUGCUCAGGCACCAGGAGACCCACAUAACCAAGUCACCGUGCCUGUGCAGAGAGUGCGGGAGAUGUUUUCAAGCCAUUCAUGAACUUCGGCGUCACCAGGUCACUCAUGCAAGAAAAACACCGGUCUUGGUGAUCACGGUUUCAAAGUUCACUUUCCCUGUUGUGCAUUACAAUAAAACAAGCCAUGAGGCUUAAUCCGCCGGGCCGCAAGUUGCACAGAAAGAACAAAAAUGCGACAUCUCGUUGCAUGUGGGGAAAACUUGCCCUGACAAAUGGAAACAUAUUAUGUGCCCAAGGGUAGGAACAGAAUCCAAAAAGUGUAAGAAAUAUGCCCCCACCCAUCUGAUGGGAUGGACACUUUAAAGCUCAUUGUUCAAUUCACUCUUAAUAAAACCACCGUAUAUCAGCACAUAGGACCUGAGUGGAACUAUUUAAAGGGUGGUUUUACUCUGAAAAGUAAAAAUGGCACGUUCUUGCUCAA